AUGGAAGCAUAUCAUUGGGGCAAGACAAUAUCGCCAUGGCUUAAUCAAGAACUCUUCGACAAAGCCAUUCAAAGCUAUGAAGCUGAUUCACAUGCAAAAGUCAUAAAUUUUGAGAUCAAAGCAGCUACGCAACCUGGUGAAAAUUUCGCAAGUGCCGUGUAUCGAGCCACAAUUAAGUUCACAUCAAAAUAUCAAAAGGAUGUUAAGGAAAUGUCAGUAAUCAUUAAGACACAGCCAGCAUGUAUGGAUCAACCGGAUAUGGAGAUUCUGUUGGAUACGACCUUAUAUGAUACAGAAAUUGCUGCUUAUACCGAGGUGUUGGUAAAGGUUCAAGAGUUGGUGGAUGCUGCUGGUUACGAUGAUGUUAUAAGUCCAAAGCUGAUUUACUACACACUGACCCCAAGACCAGUCAUAAUGCUUGAAGAUGUCAAAGCAAAUGGCUUCGACACCAUGAUUCCAAAACUACAUGAAGAUUUUGAGGUUUCGAAGAUGAUUUUGAGACGAUUAGCAAAGUUUCAUGCUGCUGGGUUUUACUUACAGGACGAAAAGAAAAUCAACGCAUCAGCCUUCGACACAUGCAUCUUUAAAUUCGGCAAAAAUUCAGAGAAAUUGUUUAGUGAAGGAUAUGAAGCUCUUCUUAAUUGCAUGACUGAAUGGGAUGGUUUUGAGCAAUAUUUGGAACCAAUUAAACAUUUCAAAGACAUUAUUUUGGAAAAAUCUUUGAAAACCUAUUCACCAAGUUCUGAUACAGGAGCUAUAAAUGUUUUGAAUCACGGAGACUUCCAUUUUAAGAAUAUGCUGUACAAAAUGGUCGAGGAGGGUGGAAAGGUGGAGGAUUUUAUGAUGCUUGACUUUCAAAUCUGCGUCUAUGCAUCUCCAGCUGUUGACCUAACCUAUGCUCUUUACAAUUUUGUCUCAGACGAGAAUCGACUAACUCGCUACGAUGAACUGCUUUUCACAUAUCACGAACAAUUUGUUGAAGCUCUCAAAAAGUUUGGCUACCUCAAACAGCCACCAUCAUUGCUGGAUCUUCAAGUGGAAAUGCUCAAAAAUGGCCAUUUCCAUGCUCACUUUGGGAUGUUAAUGUAUCCGUUUUUGAUCUUCGAUUUGAGCACUUUAAAGCCUGAGGAUAUAGCGGGAGGCAUGAAGAACUUAAAAUCUAAAAUGUUUGAAAACGAAAGAUUUAAGGAAGUUAUUAAAAAGGAAUUGGAAAGGUAUUUGCAUAAAGGAUUCUUGGAUGGAUAA